CUGGCUAAAUCGCCUGCGCUGCCCCUGCAGACUCCGUGGCACCAAUGAUGCCCAGCCAGAGCAGGGGACCACGGGCCCCCAACCACGUGCAGGAGGUGCACCUGCACCAGGUGGAGUCCAUCAGCGACCUACACAGUGGAGCAGGCACACUGCACCCCUGUCUGACUGAAGAGGCACGGCCGUGGAACGAGCUGCUGAGCGUUUUGCCGCCGUCACUGUGUGCCCAGGCUGGCUGCAGCCCUGUGUACAGACGAGCAGGGUUCCUGCUGCUGCUCGCGCUGCUGGUGCUCACUUGCCUGGCGCUCGCACUCCUGGCUGUCUACCUGAGUGUGCUGCAGAGCGAAUCCCUGCGCAUCAUGGCACACACGCUCCGCACGCAGGAGGAGACGCUACUCAAACUCCGCCUGGCCAGCCUCAGCCAGCUUCGGAGGCUCAACUCCAGUGAGACCCAAACACCCAGCUGAGAUGCCAUUUGGAUCUGGGGCCUGGGGGUGUGUGGGGGAAAUAAAGUGGCUAUGGGCAGGUCUCUCCUUCCCUACUGCUGGCUGCCACAUCU